AUGGCGUCGACGACUGCCACCCCGCAGGGAAGCAAGACCGAGUAUGGCGUUGGACUUGCCAUCACCACCCUUUUGGCAUUCGUCACCAGAUUCUGGGGCAUCAGCCACCCGAACGAGGUAGUAUUCGACGAGGUUCACUUCGGCAAGUUUGCCUCUUACUACCUCGAGCGUACCUACUUCUUCGACGUGCACCCUCCCUUCGGAAAGCUCCUGUUUGCCUUUAUGGGAUGGCUUGUGGGAUACGAUGGUCACUUCCACUUCGACAACAUCGGUGACUCGUACAUCACCAACAAGAUUCCCUACGUUGCCUUCCGAGCCCUUCCCGCUAUCCUCGGCGCUCUUACUGUUUACUGUGACCUACCUCAUCAUGUGGGAGUCUGGCUACAGUCUUCCUGCCUGUCUGCUCGCCGCCCGGCCUUGUUCCUUCUUGACAACGCUCACAUCGGUCAGACCCGUCUCAUUCUGCUCGACGCCACUCUCGUUCUUUCGCCAUGGCAUGCAGCUUGCUCUGCUUAUAUCAAAUUCCACAAGGCUUGCGCCACUGAGCCGUUCUCCCGCAGGUGGUGGAAGUGGCUUAUCCUCACGGGCUUCGCGCUCUCGGCUGACAUCUCUGUCAAGUACGUGGGUCUCUUCGCCUUUGUCACCAUCGGCUCGGCGGUCGCCAUUGACCUGUGGGAGCUUCUCGACGUCAAGAGGCCCGGCGGUGCGCUGAGCCUGCCCGACUUCACUAAGCACUUCCUCGCCCGUGCCUUUGGCCUCAUCAUCAUGCCCUUCCUCUUCUACCUCUUCUGGUUCCAGGUUCACUUUGCCAUCCUCAACCGAUCCGGCCCCGGUGACGACUUCAUGUCGCCAGAGUUCCAGGAAACCCUCAGCGACAACGUCAUGCUUGCCAACUCGCUGGAAAUCAACUACUACGACUCGCUCACCAUCCGCCACAAGGAGACAAAGACGUACCUGCACAGCCACCCUGACCGCUAUCCUCUCAGGUACGACGACGGUCGUGUGUCGAGCCAGGGCCAGCAGAUUACAGGCUAUCCCUUUAAUGACACGAACAACUACUGGCAGAUCCUCCCCUUGGAGGGAGAGGAGACCACUGGCCGUGUCGUCAGGAACCACGACCUCGAGGCCCUCGGUGCCCGCGCCAAGGACACGGUCUUUGAGAUCCGCAUCGAGCACGGCAAGAAGAAGCAGUCGCUCAAGAGCGUAGCCAUGUGGACACACUCGAAGGCGCUGCCAGACUGGGGCCACAAACAGCAGGAGAUCAACGGCAACAAGCAGCUCACGGCGGCGUCCAACGUCUGGUUCGUCGAGGACAUCCCGUCGCUCCCCGAGGACGAUGCGCGCCGUGCCAAGCCCGAGAAGAAGGUCAAGACGAUGCCAUUCCUCAAGAAGUGGUUCGAGCUGCAGCGCGCCAUGUUCUGGCACAACAACCAGCUGACCAGCAGCCACCCGUACUCGAGCCACCCAUACCAGUGGCCCUUCCUACUCCGCGGCGUGAGCUUCUGGACCAAGAACGACACGCGCCAGCAGAUCUACUUCCUGGGCAACCCAGUGGGCUGGUGGAUUGCCAGCAGUCUUCUCGCUGUGUUUGUCGGCAUCAUUGGUGCCGAUCAGGUGUCUCUGCGCCGUGGCAUCGACGCUCUGGAUCGCCGCUCCCGCAACCGUCUCUACAACUCGACGGGCUUCUUCUUCCUCGCGUGGGCGACGCACUACUUCCCCUUUUACCUCAUGGGCCGCCAGCUGUUCCUGCACCACUACCUGCCGGCACACCUGGCGUCGUGUCUCGUGGCCGGUGCCCUCCUCGAGUUCAUCUUCCUGGCGGAGCCCGUCGGUGAGCACAAGAAGACGAAGAAGGUCGAGGACGCGCCGAAGCGACACCUCACGGCGCGUGAGCGUCUCGGCGGACAGAGCAUGGCGGGCGCGUGGAUCGCGGCCACCGUGGUACUCGCCCUCGCCGUCGCGGGCUGGUGGUUUUUCCCUGCCCCUGACGUACGGCUACCCCGGCCUGUCGGUCGACCAGGUGGUGCGGCGCAAGUGGCUCGGCUACGACCUGCACUUUGCCAAAUAAAGGGCGAUUGUAUCGCCACUCGAGGCCGACGCUAUAGCGUCGGGUAUAGCGUCGGGUAUAGCGUCUGGGGUGCUCCUGAAGCAAGCCCUCUGUUGAUGAAGCUGCUUUCAUGGAUCGCGCCAGAAGCCACACAGUACGCACGCGGUGCGCAACAACUGUGUGCAUCGCGAGGUGCCUCGGAGAUGGGCUGGCUGGGUGUUACGAAGCCAUAG